GAAACGCAAUACAUCAAUAGAUCGUAGCCGUCCGAUGACGCAUCCAAGCGGCUGCAACUAAUCUUGGAACCCGAAACAGCCGCCUCCACUCUUCCAACUCCGGAAGCGGCAGCUCUGCGGCGGCGCCGCCGUGACGAUGAGCUGCCUCCGCCGCGCGCUCCGCCUCCGCCGCGGGCUCUCCUCCUCCUCGUCGCCUGCGGCGGCGUCGCAGGCCGGGCUGCCCCCGCCGCGCCCGUCCGCGGGACGCCGCGUGGUGGUCACGGGGCUCGGGGCCGUCACGCCGCUCGGCCGCGGGGUGGGGCCCACCUGGGGCCGCCUCGUGGCCGGGGGCUGCGCAGUGCGCGCGCUCGCCGCCGAGGACCUCCGCCUCCCCCCCGGGGACGCCGCGGGGAGGACGCUGGGGCAGCUCCCGUCCAGGGUCGCCGCCGCCGUGCCGCGCGGGAAGGGCGACGCCGAGUUCGACGAGGAGGCGUGGGCUAAGGACAGUAAAUCUAUAUCGGGAUUUAUAGCCUAUGCUCUAUGUGCAGCUGAUGAGGCUUUAAGAGAUGCAAAUUGGUUGCCUUCAGAAGAUGAGAAGAAGGAAAGAACGGGAGUCUCAAUUGGUGGGGGGAUUGGAAGCAUCUCAGACAUUUUAGAGGCAUCCCAGAUGAUACUUGAAAAUCGUCUACGUCGCCUCAGUCCAUAUUUCAUUCCCAAGAUUUUGAUCAACAUGGCAUCCGGUCAUGUUAGCAUGAGAUAUGGUUUCCAGGGUCCAAACCAUGCUGCUGUGACAGCUUGUGCCACAGGUGCCCACUCUAUUGGUGAUGCUACACGGAUGAUUCAAUUUGGAGAUGCAGAUGUAAUGGUGGCUGGUGGAACAGAGUCUAGCAUUGAUGCUUUGUCAAUAGCUGGAUUUUCUAGGUUACGAGCAUUAUCUACAAAAUAUAACUCUCUUCCGCAAGCAGCUUCCAGGCCAUUUGAUUGUGGUAGAGAUGGAUUUGUGAUUGGUGAAGGUUGUGGGGUUAUGGUGUUGGAGGCACUUGAUCAUGCAAAGGAACGUGGAGCAAAAAUUUAUGCAGAAGUGAGAGGCUAUGGAAUGUCUGGUGAUGCACACCACAUUACUCAACCACAAAAUGAUGGUAAAGGUGCUAUGUUAGCCAUGAAGCGAGCUUUGGAUCAGUCAGGCCUUCAGGCAGAUCAAAUUGAUUAUUUGAAUGCACAUGCAACAUCAACUCCUCUUGGUGAUGCUGUAGAGGCGAAUGCAAUCAAGUCUGUCUUUGGCGACCAUGCAAUAUCUGGUGGUCUUGCAUUGUCCUCAACAAAGGGAGCAAUCGGUCAUCUGCUUGGGGCAGCUGGGUCAGUGGAAGCAAUCUUCAGCGUAUUAGCCAUCCACCAUGGCAUCGCUCCAGCAACACUUAAUCUAGAACAGCCAGACCCAGUGUUCGAAGGCGCGUUCAUACCUCUAUCUUCGCCAAAGAAGAUGCCUAUACGAGCGGCCAUCUCGAAUUCCUUCGGUUUUGGUGGAACCAACACCUCGCUGCUGUUCUCGUGUCCCCCUUAGCUGUUUCUAUCAGCUCCCUGUCUGUUUUGCCUGAAGAGCUGUAGCUAAGCAUCCAGAGAUUUUCCUGCACAAACACCGGGCGGCACCAUCUGCAUGCACUGAGGCAGAAUCUGCUGAGGUUUCAGUCCUUUUCCCCCUUGUAUCCUGCAUGCCCCGUUGCUCUUUUCUUUGCUAGCUUCUUUUUAUCUCAUUAGACUUUUUAGAGGAGCAUGUUUACAUGUCUCACAUUCUGUUUCGAGUCGAUUUAAAAUCAUAAAUUCAUGCUUCCUCACUGGAUUUUGAAUCACCUUGAACAGAUGAUUGUAAUUUCGUUUUACAUGCGAGGCUAUUAUCCAAAACCUGAAAGGCUGAAACUGAUUUUGCAUCAGGCUGACUGAUGACAGGAGUGUUGAAAACACAAGAUUGGCUAUAGUGUGCCUGCUAACCUAAGACCAGAUUUGGUUGCGU